AUGGCAGCAGCUACAGUUGUCCCUGCUACUGGUGUAAUUGCUAAUCUUAAGCUUCUUAACAAUUAUAACUAUGAUGAGUGGAGUUUUCGGGUUAAAAUCUACUUGUUAGCUGAAGAUCUUUGGGACUUUGUGGAAGCCACCACUGAACCUCCUAAACCAGAAGAUGGUGAGGCUGAGUUUAAGGCUUGGAGGAAGAAUAACGCCAAGGCCUUAUACGCAAUCCAGAGUUCUUGCGGGGAUGAUACUUACUCUUUAAUCGGGGGUAUUACCACGGCCAAGCUUGCUUGGGAUACUUUGGAAGAAGAGCUAAAGCCGGCUAAAGCGGAGGAGUUGGUGACGUUGAUGCCACUUGAAGACUUGAAUAAUAUCCAUCUGACGUCAAAUGAUGGACAUGAGAGUAACUCCAGCUACUACAGUGAGUUCGGCCAGCAUCAACCCUUCAUUGAUUUUGUGACAAAUGGUGACUGGGAUUCAGCCAAGGAGUAUCUUGGUAUAAACCCCGACGUGAUUAGAAAAAGAGGUUCAGUAUCCGGUGCCACAGCUCUUCACUUGGCAGUUGGACUUGAGUACGAAGAUAUGGCAAUGUCGUUAGUGGAGUUGAUGGCAGAGGAAGACUUGGAAAUACAAGACGCUAAUGGCGUGACAGCGAUUGGCUUCGCUGCGAACAAAGGACUCGCCCAAGUGGCUAAGUGCAUAGUUGAAAAAAACAAGAAAAUUCUUAGCCUUCCAUGUUUCGGCGACAUGAUUCCACUUCUCGAGGCUUAUAGUAGCGGGCAUUGGAAAUUGGCUCGCUUCUUCUAUUCUCUUACUCCACUCGAAGCUCUGUUGCUAGACAACGGCUGCGGUGGCGCUGAGCUUAUUUCUGAGAGUUUUAUUGCCAAAGAAUUCGAUAUUGCGUUGGAUUUAAUUAGGCGUUGCCCAAACUUGGCCAUUACAACAAACUUCUCCGGACUCACCCCUCUACAUAUGUGCGCUACAACGAGUUCUGGAUUCUUAAGUGGAACGCCCCUUAAAUUCUGGCAGAAAUGGAUUUAUGACAGUAUACACAUACCACCUGCUACUACAACUCUUGAUAUUCGUAUAAAUGUUGAAAAACCAGAAGAUGGCCCAGUUAGUGGAAAUGAUCUCAUAGCUCGCUCAGGUAUCUGUAGAUUGCGAGGACUCGUUCCAAAUCCCCGUCAUUUUUUUGGCAUUGACCACAUAUACAAAAUAAAAUGGGUCCACGAAAGAACCGCGGAAGUUUUACAUUCCAUGUGCGAAGUGAUAAAAGAUAAAAGUCCUAAACAAGUGAUAGGAAGUGUCAUAAGUGCAGCAAUCUUUGAAGCUAUUAAACAGGGGCGUGUCGAGCUUAUUGAUGAGAUAAUUGAAACGAAUCCAUUACUUUUUGGGCUCAUUGAUGAAAAUGGAAAAAGCUUGCUUCAGUUUGCCAUUGAAUGUCGUCAAGAAAAAGUGUAUUUCUUGUUGUAUGAAUUGAGCGGAGUAUUGCCUAGCCUUUUAGCGGUAACAGAUAAGUUGAACAAUACUUUGCUACAUUCAGCAGCAAGUUUAUCCCCACUUGCACAACUUAAUCAUAUCCAAGGUGCAGCAUUGCAAAUGCAGAGAGAGUUACAAUGGUUCCAGGAGGUGGAGAAAAUUGUGCCUCCCAAGGUUCUUGAGGUUGUAAAUGAUACAGAUGGCAUGACAGCACGUGAGCUAUUUACUAAGACUCAUAAGGAAUUGGCGAAAGAAGGAGAAAGAUCAAUGAAAGAGACGGCAACUUCUUGCACGGUUGUAGGCGCUCUUAUCAUUACCAUCAUGUUUACAGCAGCAUUUACAGUUCCCGGUGGAAACAAUGGAGAUACAGGCAUGCCCAUGUUCUUAGAUAGAAUGUUGUUUAAGGUCUUUAUGGUUUCUGUUGCCCUAUCACUAUUUUCUUCCACAACUUCAGUAAUGACAUUUUUGGGAAUCCUCACCUCACGUUAUGCUGAAACUGAUUUCCUUAAAUCAUUGCCAAAGAAAAUGAUUAUAGGCCUUUUCACCCUCUUUUUCUCUGUAGCCACAAUGAUGAUCGGGUUUGUUUCUACCCUUUUCAUUAUGCUGGAUGGAAAGUCAUGGAUUGUGAUUCCAAUCAUUUUACUUGCUAGUGCUCCAAUCAUCUCCUUCGUUUGGAUGCAAUUUCCCCUAUUGGUUGAGAUCUUCGCUUACACUUACGGAGCAGGGAUAUUUUCCAAAAAAGUCAAACCUUUGGUCAUAUAGGAAAAAAUACCUUCUGGGCUCGGUUUGUUCGUGGAAUAAACUUCUUGGGAAUGCUACUUCAAUGUCUAAUCCCAGAAGAUGAUAAUAGAAGAUGUUCAUACGCCAGAAAAUGAAAACUAGGAAAUGCCAUUUUCUCCCAUUGCCAUAUUUGGUUUGUACAACAAAUUUGUUCAA